ACAACGUGACGUUCUGAUUUUGGCAGAUGUCACUCAAAAUGUCACAUGGCUGGUUACAAUGUAAAAGUGGCUUUAAUAAUAUCCUCCUCCGAAAAUAACCCUGCUGACAAGAGAAAACAAGCCAACUGAAAGGCAUUCAUCAGCGUCUUUUCUCCAACCACAGAGUCUCCUGAUGAGAUCCCGUCCUCCUGAACCAUCGGCUCUUAUUGGACUCAUGCAGAUGGACGUGUCUGUGUUGACCGAGCUGUCGAGGCUAAUAGACCUGACAGAGCCCAGGUUCUGCGUGGCGGUCGUUGCGAUCAUCUUCAAUCCUUUCUUCUGGAAUGUGGUUGCCAGAUGGGAGCACAGGACUCGAGGCCUGACCCGGCUCUUCGGUGGCCCGUAUGUGGCCUGUUAUUCCCUCGCUCUUCUCAUCCUCCUCCUCAAUGUGUACCGUAGCCACAGCAUUACAGUGGCCAUGAAGGGUCAGUCUCGCUGGGAGCUGCUGGAUAAUGCUCAGGUGUAUUACACUGGAGCUGCUCUCCUCAUACUGGGAUCUCUGUUCGUCAUCAGCAGCUUCAUGGCUCUGGGCGUCACUGGCACUUUCCUGGGAGACUAUUUCGGCAUCCUCAUGGAUCAGAAGGUGACCAGCUUCCCGUUUAAUGUGACGGAGAACCCCAUGUACUGGGGCAGCACCGCAAACUACCUGGGCUUGGCCUUAAUGAAUGCCAGUCCUAUAGGGGUGGUCCUGACCGCAGUGGUGGCCGUCUCCUACAGAGUAGCUAUUACAUGUGAAGGACCAUUCACUGAGGAGAUCUAUCGGCAGAGGAGCCAGCGCUGCAAGCACAACUAAAGAUGAAAUGUGUGUGUAAAGAUAAAGUGUGUGUGUAAAGAUGACCCCAGACUCCCGAUCCGUGCUAUUGCAUGGGGAAUCACGCGGAUGCACAGCACACACUUCUUCAACACUUCGACUGCAAUGUUUAAGAUUUCAUUUCACACAGAAGACAAACCGUGAAUGCAAUGACAAUCCUCAAUUGUAAUCUGUAGUUUGACAUCACAUAUAAUAACCAUAAAAUGUUUUUAUUCGCUCAAUCUGUUCCUAAUGCACAUGCAUGCUGAAAUCCGCUGUUUUAGGGUCCAGUUAAACGUACUUCGAUCUGUUUUAUUUUUGCGGAAGCACUUUUUUCUUUCCAAAGGUAAAUCUAAUCUUUGAGCAUUUACACAAACUUCCUCGUUUUCCACUGGCGCUGAUCAGGGAUUCACAAACGUCUUUUUGUCAGCCAAACCCCUUAAAUGUGAAAUAUGUAAUUGAAGUAUGACUUAAAUAUAAUAAUUCAACAACAUAUUCUCAUUUUCUUAGUUCUUUGAUGUCAGAUAAUGGUCACACAUGAUGACAUGACAGUAAAGUAAAUAAAAUAUUUAAUGAUUUUGUCUCUAA